AUGGCUAGCAGCAGAAAGCGUGUAGCGGUGCAUCGAGCCCUUCAAACCCUUGUUAAUGAAACUGGAACUUCUUUAAGUAACACUCAGGACAGCAAUGCUAUAAGUUUCUCAUCACAGUCUGAAAUAAAUCAAAACUUAAGUCAAGACGUAUUCAGUCAAAAUUCUACUAUUCCUUCUUCCCCGACAUUUGAAACAGUGGCCGGCUGCAGCCAAGACUCGAGCACUUAUAUUGUUUCAGAUAGUGACAGUGACAGUGAUUACUCGUUACCAACCACGCAGGACUCCAUGUCUUCUGAUGACGAAAUCGAAUUCGAAAGUGAUACAGAGAGACUGGUCAAGGAAUUGAGGAGGCUGUGUGAAAAGUACCCCAAGGUACCACAGUCCUUUCUUGAGGAGCUCUGUAAAUUUUUAAGUUCGACAAAAGUAUUCAGAGACCUCCCUGUGCGGGCACCAACGCUUCUAAAGACGGACCUUUCCACGAAUGUAAUCAAAGACUCCACCGGUGAAUCGUUCAACCUUGGCAUUGUGCAUGCAGUGUCCGAGCACUUGCUUCGAAGUGACUUGUUGUGGAAAAAAGCGAUGGAAACUAAAUCAAUCCCAUUCUCCUUUAAAACCGAUGGAGUCAGCUUGCACAAGGCACCUGUCUUUUGCAAAACAGCUUGGCCCAUCGUUGGCCAGCUCCACUACGACGGCGUUGAGUCGGAGCCGUUUGUUAUUAAAAUGUAUUUUGGCGAGAGCAAGCCAGACCACACUGAAUUUUUCAAGGACUUUGUUGAGGAGCUCAAAUUGAUUGACACAAUAAAAAUCAAGGAUGUUGAUUUCAAGUUCAAACUCCUCUUUGCCACUGGUGAUGCGCCGGCUCGUUCACUCCUCAAAUGCACUGCUGGCCAUACAGCGACAAAGGCCUGCGAAAAGUGCACAGUAGUUGGCAAGUCCAUUAAUCACAGAAUGGAUUUUGCGCAAGCACAAGUCACUGAACCCAUCUUAAGAACACAUGAAAGCUUCUUGAAUAGGGAUGACCCUGCUCACCACAGUGGCCAUUCCCUAUUCGAGCAGGUUGAGUCAAUGAACAUGAUUACGUCUUUCCCCCUGGAGCCUAUGCACGCCCUCGAUGAGGGAGUUACGAAAAGACUAAUCAAACAUAUGUUUGUCGAGAAGAAAGGAAAAGCAAGGCUGACUCAACAGAAAUCGGUAAUUGUAGGAAAACGACUUGAUGCGUUGAAGGAGUUUUCACCUCGAGACUUCGAGCGAAAGCUGGUUGCACUUCGCCAUCUCCGAGCAUGGAAAGCCACAAUGUUCCGCCAAGUAGACACUUAUUUCCUUCCAGUUCUGUUUAAAGGCGUUGUGGAUGAUGAGGUCUUUGACCACCUAAUGCAAUUCUUCUCGGCGGUUAGGAUUUUGCGCAGCCCAGUCAUGGUUACAAAGCCUGAAGCAGUUGAGACAGCAGGAAGUCUACUGAGGUCAUUUGUGUCAAACUACAACAAAUUUUACGGUAAAGGACAGACCGUCUUCAACGUCCACUGCAUGCAACACCUGCACGAGGAUGUGCAGAACUUGAAGAAAACGUUAGAUUAUUUCAGCACAUACAGCACCGAGACUAAGCUUGGCCACUUAGUGAGGCUGAUUCGGACUGGACACAGCGCGGCUGCCCAAGUUCAACGUCGUCUCUCCGAAUCAAGAGAAGUCAGAGUGCGACAAUUAGAUCAGGAUCCAGUAGUCUAUCUUCGUCACAAGAAAGGUCCCUUGAGAGCGUUGAGGUUCAGAAGAAUAGAGCUGAGUUUGAACACAAAAGGCGACAGUUUCUACAUGGAUUGGGAAGGACAAAUUUUCAAACUGCUUUCUGUUCGAGGGGAUCAUGGCGAUGAUCCAAUCCUUGUCAGCAACAUGCUGGUGAAAACUGGUGAUUUUUUCCAUACUCCUUAUCCGUCAUCAAGCCUUGGAAUUCAUAAGGUAGAGUUCAGCUCGGUCCAAACACAGCAUCCGCUGUCGAAGGUCGCAGCAAAGAUGAUCCUCAUGCCAUUUGAUGGCACCUUUGUCGCCAUGCCAAUUCUCCACACCUGCGUGUGAUUACAGAAUCGAAAAUUAAGAGGCCCAGCGCGUAAUCCAAAUGGCUAAAGGCUGGUGCACUUGCCUAACUUGCCGCUGAUCCAGCGCCUCAUGACCUGUCCUUCGGCCAUUCUGUCUGGCAUCCGUUCUUGAGCACACAUUCUCAUUGUUUGUAUAUACCAGCUUUUGUGAUCUUGCUUUUCCUCAUGUUGCUGUGUUGCAUUUAUGACUAGAAAUUUGAAACACAAAUCAAAGAAAAGAAACGCAUUCCUAAAAUAUGAAUCCACUUAUCUGACUUUCACUCGAACUUAAUUUCAGCAGAAAAGAUUCAGCCACCAUGUCGUCCUUCCACAAUUUCCUUUUGUCAUGACCACUGCUCCACACAGUUAUUUGAUUUAUGAUGAUUGAUGAUUCUGCAAGAAAUUUUGGUCAUUAAAUUGGUACAGUUAUUCAAUUUUGCGUAAAACAAUACACACAAUUAUUAAAAAAUUGUUUACUAAAUACAUUAAGUGAAAGUAGUGAUAAUUGAUAAAGCAAAGUAAAUACUUGAAAGAAAAAACAAAAUUUAAUUUGAAAUAUUUUGUAUAGUAGCUGAGAAAGGAAGACGUAAAGGAGUGAGUCAGCUGAAAUUAAAUUUAUCAGGAGUAAAAACUAAAAAAUAUACAACAUUAUUAGCUGCUUAAGUCCAAUUAUCAGCAUUUAGUUAAGUGAAAGACAAGAAGCAGUGUUGUCCAAUUUUUAGUUACAAAAAAAUCACAUGUUUCCCCUUGGUAAAUUAUACCAAUAUUGAAUAUAAUUGCUUUUACGCUUUACUUGAUGGCACCCUGACAGCGUCCUAGAACUGUGUGGUCAUUUAGUAUGCAGGACUGCGUGGAACCAGUAGGGCGUACUCCAAUUACCGUCUGUAGUGUGUAUGUGCAUUAAUACACAUGACUUGCAUUAAAUUUCUUUUCUCUAGAAAUUCAUCCAUAACUUUCCAAAUGCUAUUUUGCCAAUUGAGGAUUCCUUGGCAAGCUAAGAUAAGUACAAAUUAUAUGAGCACAUUUCCUUUCAAGGAAUCAAAGUAGAGUACUUUCUGCUGGCGAUUUUCUGUUCUGAGGUGAUCAGUGUCACCUGUGCCAGAAUCGCAAGUCGAGUGGCGUCACAGCCCAAUUCUUGCACCACCUUCACCGGGCUAACUCCGUUCAACUUUGACUUGGACAUUUUUUCCCACGUUUCGACAAUCGCAGCUCCCGCCCCCAACACCACAGGCUCUUUUCCUGUCAAUUUUUAAAUGUUAACUCGCACUCAACCUGCUUAAAAAUUUCAUACCCGAGGUGUCCAAUUGGUCGGCUCGAAGGUAUUUGCCAGAGUUUUCCACUCUGUAGCUCUUGCCCAUGAACUUGCCCUGCACAAGGAGGUGGCAGAAGGGUUCACGUCGAUCCAACCAGCCAAUUGAGUGAAGGAAGUGACCCAUGAACCGAGCAUAACUCAAGUGCAGCUUAGCUAGGGAUUGAUUUUUUAGUUUUUACUUAAAAAAAUUGCGAGCUUUGCUGUUCAAUUACCAUGAUUGAUUCCACUAACAUAGAGAUCAACAGGCAUCAUGGCGUUGACUUUAGCAGGAUCAAAAUGGUUUUUCAGAGUUCUUGGAGUCCAAAAAGCCCAAAGUGUACCAAGACGAGUAAAAAAAUGUGGCCAGUGUGUCAGUCUUGCGCUCUGCUGCUCCUCCACAUCUGCAAAAGUAAUUUGGUUAUAAUAAAACCAACGUGUUUUCCGUUCAUUCGAUGAAAGUGGGCCAUGUUGUCCGAAAUGGCGUAGACCCUGGAGCCUGGAGUGGCCAAUGUGCAGAUUUCCGGACGGGUACGGAAACAUUGGCAAGCAGUACAUUUUAUCCUGAGGAUUGCUGGGGUUCUUUUUGGCGGCUACUACGGCUUGAACGGUCGGUCUCCAGGCGGCCUCGAUCUUCCUCUUCACACCCAAGAAGUUCAAUUAUACACCUUCAAAGAAAAAAUGUCACAUUAAUUAUGAUUGUCACUUGAGAUGCACAAAAGAUCAUGGAAGUCUUGUCAUGCUAAACAUUAAAUAUUUUUCAUUAAUAAAAAUAAGUAAUAAAAUUUUAUACUCUUUAAUCAGUUUUAGUUUUGGAUGAAAUUGGCGGAAAUAAUUUUUUGAAAAGUUUUUUCUAAAUGCCAAGUUUUAUCCACUUGCAAUUCCACACCCCGGUCACAUUUUUGACCCCUUUUCCUUUUGAAAAUCAUAAAGAGUAGAUGAAGGGCCAAAACUUUAUUUUGAAGGAACCGGCAAAUUUAAUAAGCAAACAUUAUAAAAAUUUAUUCAAUUAUUUUAAAAUUUACCUUCAUCCCAAUCAUCUUAUUUCCGAUUGCUUUUCGUUUGUCAGACGGACAAGCAACAACAAAUUCAAUUCGCUACAUACUUAAAUACUUUUUCUCAAUAGAUUUGAAGAGACAAAUUUUGUUAGGAUAUCAAAAAUUUCAAAGAAAAAGGUAUUUUUGGACAGUUCCAAACGUUUGUUUACAUGUCGAUCAGCUCAACUAUUGCAUUCGUUCCAAUUCCCACCACCAAUGGCGCCACCGCUUGAAUAUGUAAAUCGCACAUAAAAGCGUUACACUCGAAUAUUCCCACAAUAUUCAUUUGCAAUAUUCGGACAUUAAACUCAAUAUUCGCAAUAUUCCAGACAUAUUCCUUGCUGAUUGGGCCGUUGUACACCUAGUUGUGUUCAAUAAAUACUCUAUCUAUCUUUAAUUCAAACUUAUAUGCGUUAUAUUUUUAAUUCUAGAGGAAUAUUAGUAGCAUUCAGCAGGUAAUUCACAUAUGAUGUUGUGUUCGAGGGUGCAGGGAUCGUCAUACAAUCUCUUGUUUUCUCCAGAGAUUAUGAGGACACAGGUCUGUUUAUCCUCGCCAUGGUCGUCAGGUUCUCCACUUUGCUUGUCCCACAGGUUCUUGUCUAUUGGGCUGCCAUCAAUCCAGCGGAAUUCACCUGGCCUUUGACCAAUAUCCGACGCUGACAACCACCAUCGGUCUUUAAAUUCGUAAAAAAUUUACGAUUAGAAUUGAAAAUAAUUUUUAAUAAUAUACCAAAGUUCUCGAACUGAUCGGUCUCCUGUAACAGUGCGGCAAGGUCUGCUUUGUUUUUGGCCGACGCCAUCCACAUGCCUCGUGAUUCACAGAAAACUUUUGCUUCGGCCCAACUAGUCUUUUUUAAUUUUAAAAUUAUAAUGUAACAAUUAAAACUCAUGAAAAUAAAAACUUACUGCUUUUGUACGGAUGAAGUAUCUCUUGUCGUUUGUCAAUAUCUUUAAGUCUGUUCCCCCUAUAUAGGUUAAAUUUACUUUAU